AAGAAACGGAGCCUGCGCCCUAAACCAAGAUGGCCGCUGAUCUUCGGCUCUCUGAAUAGGCCAGAUUCCCUUAACAAACAUGGCCUCCGGGAACGGUUCCUAGCGGGGCGAGGCGGUAGAACUACGACUCCCAUGGCCCAAUGCGUGCCGCCCGGGUGCAAGGCCGGCCGGCUGGCGGCGAUGAAAGCGUGGCGCUGUGGGAGGGGGGGCUGCAGCCGGUGCGGCUGCGGGGGCAGAGGCCGGUUAGUGUGGAAGGCGGCCGGGAGGCUGGGCCCUGGGGCGGGGGGGAAGGAGCUGGUGGCGCUCUAGGAUGACCCCCCUGUGGGGGAGCGAUGUAGGGGCCAGAGGAGCUCCCUGGAGCGGCUAGUGAGGCGCCCGACCUGGAGACACCUGUGCACAUAUCUUGGUACAGUAAGAUCCCCCCAUGCUGCCCCGUCACAUGCAGAGGCUGGGCAGAGAUUGGGUUGCCCACUGGGAUAGCCCUCAAAGAUUCUGCUGGAACAGUCGUAUCUCCAAUUCUGUAAGGUGGGCUGGUCGCUAUUCUUGGGCACCGUAUCUCAGCACUGGGGAUUUUACAGUUAAUUGGAGACCGCCUCACUUUUUUGGGCCUUGGAGACCGCCUCACUUUUUUGGGCCUUGGAGACCACCUCAGUACUGGAACUGGCAACCUGAUAACUUCGCACACAACUCUUCUCUUCAUUUCUCUAAUCCUAAUAUGAAAUCCGAGGGAGAUGAACCUUCUUCAAAAAGGAGAAGACACAGUGGUCAGAAUCAUGUUUGCUGUCCUAAUGAAGAAGAAAUUAGCAGCUCUAAUCAGAAUGAAGCAGCCUGUCUUUCCACUCCACCAAAAAAUGAAGAAGAAAAUACUGCAAACACAAGAGGCAUGAUCAAAAGACAUUGGGAGUAUUUCUGUCACCAUAGUAAAAAAAUGAAGAUUCUUGAAGAUAAGCAAACUGACCAAAACAAUACAGAAGACAAGGGAAAGUUUGAUUUUACUGUGAUGUCCUACAAUAUCCUUUCACAGAAUUUGUUAGAAGAUAACUCUCACCUGUAUAAUCACUGCAGACGGCCAGUGUUAAUCUGGGGUUAUAGAUUUCCCAACAUUCUACGGGAAAUCAAACACCUGGAUGCAGAUGUACUGUGUUUGCAAGAAGUACAAGAGGACCAUUUUGGAAUGGAGAUCAAGCCAAGUUUGGAAUCUUUGGGUUAUCAUUGUGAAUAUAAAAUGAGGACAGGAAGGAAACCUGAUGGCUGUGCUAUUUGCUUCAAAAUUUCCAAAUUUAAUCUUAUCUCUUCAAAUCCAGUGGAAUUUUUCCGCCAUGAUAUUCCACUCUUGGACAGAGACAAUGUUGGACUAGUGUUGCUUCUGCAGCCCAGAUUUCACUGUAAAGCUACUUCUGCAGUCUGUAUAGCCAACACACAUCUGCUGUAUAAUCCAAGGCGAGGGGACAUUAAACUGACCCAACUGGCAAUGUUACUGGCAGAGAUUGCCAGCGUUGCCCAUCGGAAAGAUGGUAGAUUCUGUCCUAUUAUCAUUUGUGGUGACUUCAACUCUGUUCCUGGUUCUCCACUGUACAGUUUUAUAAAGGAAGGAAAGCUGAAUUAUGAAGGACUACCUAUAGGAAAGGUGUCUGGGCAAGAGCAGUUUCCUAGGGGACAAAGAAUCUUAACUAUUCCAAUUUGGCCCCCAAGUCUAGGCAUUUCACAGAGUUGUGUGUAUGAGGUACAACAGCAGCGACAAGAAGAAAACACAGGUGGAGAGAAAAAAGAAUCGAAACUGGAGCACACAGAAGAGAUCAUAAUAGCAGCUGAAAAGUUUCCUUCAAAAUUACAACACCACUUUAGAUUAUCUUCGGUCUAUUCUCAUUACUUACCUGAAAGUGGGAUUCCAGAAGUAACAACUUGUCAUUCCAGAAGUGCUGUCACUGUGGAUUACAUUUUCUAUUCUGCAGCAAAGGAUGAUAGUGCUGCUCAGCCAGGAGCCGAAGAUACUUUUGAUGGAGGUCUGAAGCUUCUUGGUAGAUUAUCACUUUUAACAGAGCAAGAUCUGUGGACAGUUAAUGGUCUUCCCAAUGAACAUAACUCUUCUGAUCACCUGUCUUUACUAGCUCAGUUCAGGCUUAUUGAACAAUAAUUCCCAAAUUAUUUUUAUAUCUGCACUUUCCUUCACCGUCUCUUCUUCCUAUAAUUUUUUUAAUUAAACGAUUGUCAGACUGGUUAAAGUUAAGUUCGCCUGGAUGCUGAAUUUUUAGUGUUGUGUAAAGUAGAGUUUUUAAAGAGAUUUCUUUGUAAAGUUGCUUAAAUUACUUUGUGGAGUCAUUAAGACAAAAAAGUUUACAUUAGCUUCCUCUUUUUGAUAAUGGAAAAUGUCUGUGCCAUAAUCUGAAAAUGGCAUUGUUUUUAAAAAAGAUAAUGUUUUUAUUGUAAAUCAUAGUAAAAUGGGUGAUGGUUCUUAA